ACUUCAACUCUAGAUCUCCAACUAGUAACAGUUAACCAAAAGAACUCUCUUAGCAAAAUGUUCAAAUUGUUCGUUGUAUUGUCCGCUCUCUUCGCUGCUGCCUCAGCUGGAUACCUUGGAGGUGGAUACGGUCUUGGCGGAGGACAUGGAUACGGAUUAGGAAGUGGAAUUGGAAUCAGCUAUGCCGCUGCUGCCCCAGCUGUUGCCUACCAUGCUGCCCCAGCAGUUGCCGUUGCAGCCGCUCCAGUUGUCAAGGCUAUUGCCGCCCCAGCUGUCUCAUACGCUGCUCCAGCUGUUGCCACCUCUUACGCCAACACCUACAAGGUCUCCCUAUCAGCUGCUCCAGUUGCUGUUAAGGCUAUCGCUGCUGCCCCUGCUAUCUCAUACGCCGCUCCAGCUGUAUCCUAUGCCGCUCCAGCUGUCUCUUACGCUGCUCCAGCUGUUUCUUAUGCCGCUGCUCCAGCUGUCUCAUAUGCCGCUCCAGCUGUCUCCUAUGCCGCUCCAGCUGUUUCAUACGCUGCUGCCCCAGCUAUCAGUGUAGGAUACGGUGGUGGUUACGGAUAUGGUGGUGGAUACGGACACGGUUUGGGAGGACUCUCAGCCAUCUCCUUGGGACAUGGAUACGGACACCAUUAAGUGCUUUACUCCUGCUAAGACCCAAUCAAAAUACUCAGUUACCAGAAAAAAAAAGAA